AUGAAUCCACUUGAAUUCUUGAAUGAGAUAUUCAAUUUUCAUCGAUACAAUUACAGUAAAUGCAAUAGAGAUAAUAAUAUUGAAGCAGCAAUUGAAUCAUCAUCGAAUAAUAACUAUUUAUUGAAUAAUAUAAACUAUUUAAAAGUUAUUAAAAACAAUAGAAUACUUUAUGCAAGAUUCCAAGAUAAAAUAUUAUCAGAUAAUAGACCAACAACAAUUGUGGUUAAUGUCGUUUCAAAUGAUAAAAAUUCAAUUAAAAUAGCAUUAAACUUACCACAUUGCGACGAAUGUUUAGUCGAUCCGGAAUUUUUAUUAACUUUAAUUUUCAAUAUAGAAUUUUCAUUACUAAUUUCACCAGAUUAUAGUUUUGAAUGUAAAGAUUCAAGAAAGUGGGUAAUUGCUGUUGCAGUUUCUGUAAGUGUUGGAUUUGUAGCUUUGCUUGUAGCACUAUUCUUUGUUUAUAAAAAGAGUACAGUUUUAAAAAUCAAACUUUAUAAGUUUAAAAAACUUUUAAAAAGUAAUAAUUAA